AAAUUAUUAUUAGAUUACAUUACUAAAUACAGUAAUUACAGAUUACACAUUAUUAAAGACAGUUUUUAACUAUUGUGUGUACUGGUUUUAGUGGUUUUCGAGGACACAAAUUAGUAUAAUGACAUGAGUAUUACAACAUAUUACAAUGUUGAGGUGGUUUAUGAGGACAUUCACCAUGUCUUCAUAAUUCAAAACUGUUUGAAAAAUUCAACACAUUUUUUAUAGUCUUUUGAUUUUUAAAAUUUAACACAGAAUUUUUUAAUACAGAAUGUGAGGGUUUGGUUUAGGGCACAGUUGCUGGCAGCUAGCUCUCUGAAACUCUCAUAUGGUCCCCUGCAGUUCUACAGUUUAGUUUCAACAGUAAUUAAACACAUCUGAUCAAACUAAUUAAAUCCUUUAGACUUGCUUCAAAUCUACUGUACAGGUAAGUGUGUUGAAGCAGGGUUGGAUCUAAACUGUGCAGGGCAGCGGCCCUCCACACAGUAAAAUCCGCUGUGUUAAUUAAGCUGUGUUAAUCUGCAUUUACUCAAAAUGAGUUAAUUUUACAAGAAACGGUGAAAGACAUCCCCUUGUGUUGGUGAAAAUGAUCAGAGUUGUAUUCUACGUCGUUAACUUUGCUCUGUUAAGCUCCGCCCCUCAAUCUACCCCCUGCAGAGAACGUGUUGGAGUUUUGUCGGCGCCAUUUUCUGCUCCCUCGUGCGUAUAGGUAAGCUCUCUUGUUUAACGUCUUAAAACAUCAUUUUAUCGAUUUAUAUGAGUAAAUGUGCUAACACAGCGGUAUAUGUUGUACUUUGAUGCGUUUUGUUUGUUAAAACAUUGAUUAUGAGUCACUUUGUGACCGUGUCAUUCCAUCGAUUUUAUCACAGUGUGGUCACCUUAACGUUAAAGAUAAAGCUUAAACGAUGCCAAUGAUCUUACUUAAAUUGUUUUUGCGAUUUCUAAUCUUACUUUUAUAUCCAUUUAGUUUUGUACUGUGAACUCUCUGAAGAAGACGGUAACGUUAGGCUACAUUUAGCCUCGAAGUUUUGCUUUCAAGAGCAACUCUGCAAUGCUCCAGUUUCUGUGCAUAUAAGGCUCUACAGAUCACAUCAGCAUGCUGGUAAAGGUGAAAUUUGGGGAUGCACAAAAGUUUGUUAAAAUAGCCAAUCUGAACCUGGAGGACUUUUUGUCUGCAGCCUUUUUGAAGUUUGGGGUUCCAAAUGUACCUGAGAACGUGAAGGUUGUGGAUGAAUCUGGGACUGAGGUGGAUGGUGAUGUUUUUGAAGAGUUAAUCAAAGAUCCCUCCGUUGGCGUUCUCACCAUAAAACAUGGUGCAGAUUUGGAACCGGCCUCUCCACAAUCAUCUUCUAUGCAUUUCGAUCAGUCUCUGUCUUCAUCCUUUGACUCCCUUGACUCUCAGGAUACAGUCAUUAUUGAAGAAGGCCCUGACAGUAAGCGAAUGAAGCUGGAUGAUGAAGCAAAAAAGCUGGUGCAAUCUGUUCUUGUCAAGAAACCUGGAGGCGAGAGUAUAAUAAAUGAGUAUAACAGAACAAAGGCUUUAAAGGAUGAAACGAGGAGAAAAAUGGUUAAUAUCCUGGCAGCUGAUAUGACCGAAAAAAAUGGAGGGUCCCCACCAAGGCUGGUCAAAGAAAAAUAUGCCAGAGGAAUCGUGGCUUUGUUCCCUUACCUCAGUGACCCCUAUUCCAAAAAUGGCUUUGAGCAUUACUAUGAUGGUGAGAGUGGCACCGGAUAUUUGGCAUGGAGAAUCAAAACUAUUCAGAGAAACCUGGCUAAAGAACGACGAGGAUCAUUUGAAGGUCAAGUGUCGUAUGCUGAGCGGGGAUCCGGUGGACCAACUGUAGCAAGGCAUUCAAAGUUUACUUCAGAGAUUGUCCUGAGUGAGGAUGAAUGCAAGGAAGCAAUUGCAUUCAUGAACCAUUCUGCUGAUGAGGAUGCCAUCAAGAAGAAAAUGAAACUGACAUUUGACUAUCGUCGUAAGAUGGUUCUUGAUCCCAUGCAGUCCAGUGAUCUAUUGACAAUUUUUCCUCGUUUCAAGGACAUUAAAGGCUUGAUUGAGCAAGACUUUGUUCUGAUGUUUGGAGAAGGAGUGUCAGGCAAGCUGCUAGAGAAGUGGACAACAGCGUUCAAGAAAAAAGUCAUUCAGCAGUGCAAAAGACUUCCUGCAACCAGCGAUUUACAGGAACUUUUGCUAGCAGCAGAAUCUCUUCGUGAUGACACUGAAGAUGAUGUUCAUAUUGUUUGGGACAGCGACCUUGCUUCAGUACUACUGUUGCAUCUGAUUCCACCAUCUGCUCAAGGCCGGAAGAGACCAGGGAAAGUUUCUGCUUCUCAAGCAGAAAAUCAUCUUGUUGUCUUCAAGAAGAGUGGAACAAACAUUGAGGAGCAGCUGCAAGACAUCUCUGCGAGCGCUCAGCCCUAUCUCCUGGCUGUAGGUCCUCAGAAGGAUUCAAUUCACCAGUUCUUCAUCAUCCUUGAUCAGCAUGCCAUUCCAUGCAAGUCCACCUCUUCUCUUGGUGCCUUUGAUGAACUGUUUAAGGCACAUUAUGUUUUUGGCACCUCUUACAACACCAUGCUGCACAACAUGUACACUUUCAUUCAAACCACUGUGUACAACAUAGAUGUUGGGAAAGUGAAAGAAAGUCCUCGUGUUGCUGAGGUUAGGGCAAGGCUGCUUAACUAGGUGCCUAAAGUUCCAGUGCACUCAUGAAGUGUUUUGUUUGUGAGACUGAAUUAAAUGGUUCAAAAAUGCUUGUUAGGCACUUCAGAUUUGUUCAUGGUUUGGUUCCUGGAAAGAGCCUUCGACUUAAAUGUGUAGAGGCAGGAUGCGGUUCUGAGUUUGGUACCUUCUCAGGUUUUAGAAAACAUUUGAAUAUAAAACAUCCUAAACAAUGUGAACAGAGUUGUGACCCUAGUGGCAUCUGUGAGACAGAGGAAGAAAAUAGUGCUGCAAUGUUCCACCAGAGUGACAGUGCUGAAGAUGUGGCCACAACAUCUGUAAUGUUAAAGUCUAAUAAGAACACUUUAGAUAUGUGUGCGUCUGCUGUUGCACAACUGAAAGUUGCUGGUUUAAGUCAGUCUGCAAUAAAUGGUUUUGUUUCAUCUAUGGAAAUAGUGGUUUUUGAGAUUCAUAGUCAAGCCCAGGAUGCAGCUUUGCUCUGUCUAUCUUCUGAGGACACUGUUAGUAAAAGGAAAAUAGAGGAAUCUUUUACAAAUUUAGAAAAUCCAUUUACUUCGUUAAAUUCGGAAGUCAAGCGACAGCGACUGUUUACAGCAAAAUGGGGAAUUGUUGAACCUAGUGAAAUAGUACUCGGCACAAGAUUUGACAGCAGAAGAAAUAAAACUACAGGAACAUUUGAUCAAGUUGUUGUGACUGAUAAAUUUUCUUAUAUUCCCAUUUUAGAAACUCUAAAGACAAUUUUAAAAAAUCCACAACUUACCCAUUUGUUUAAACCCAGACACAUUUCAAAGGAAGGAAUUUAUGUGGACUUAAGUGAUGCAGCACAUUUUAAAAGCAGUCCUUUAUUUUCUACAGAAAAAGACGCCUUACAAAUUCAGUUAUUUUAUGAUGAUUUUGAGACAGCUAAUCCACUGGGCUCAAAGAAAGGUAUACAUAAAUUGGGUGCAAUCUAUUUUUCAUUAAGAAAUUUCCCACCAGUUUUUAACUCCUCACUGGUUAAUAUUCAUUUAUGUGCCCUCUUUCAUGCACAGGAUGUUAAGCGCUAUGGUUUUAACUCCAUAAUUGAGCCCCUGGUCAAUGAUCUGAAAGUGCUUGAAAUUGAGGGAGUUAAGAAUCCAGUGUCUGGAAGAUGCAUCAAGGGUACUAUCGUUCAAGUCACAGGGGAUAACCUAGGUCUGCACAGCUUGUUUGGCUUUCUGGAAUCAUUUGGGGCUCGAUAUUGUUGUCGUUUUUGUCUGCUUGAGAAGCAUCAGUUUCAGUCAGUGUUCUCUGAAGAUAGUCCUGAGGUUGAACUAAGAACUGCUGAGAUGCAUGCUCUGCAUUGUGAAACUUUACAGUCUGAUUCUACACUACCUCACGUGUAUGGUGUCAAAAGGGCAUGCUUAUUAAAUUCCCUCAAAUAUUUCAACACAGCCACCAAUUUUGCUGUUGAUAUAAUGCACGACAUUCUAGAAGGAGUUGCCCAGCUAGAGGUAAAACUUGUUCUGCAGUACAUUCAGCAUAAUUUUCUGAGUGCCAAUGAUCUUGAUGGUAGAGUACAUGCUUUUGACUAUGGUUACAAUCAGCAGAGAAACCGUCCUCCAAAAGUCAAAUUGCUUGAUGGAAGCAAUGAUUUAGGUUUAAAUGCUAUUCAAUCUUGGUGCUUAUUGCGCAAUUUGCCUUUAAUAUUUGGAGAUUUAAUACAUAAAGAUGAUAAACACUGGCAUCUUUUGCUUUUACUUCUGCAGAUUGUUAACAUUGUCUUUUCACCUGUCUUAACAGAUGGCAUGACCACUUAUUUUAAACAUUUGAUAAUUGAACAUCAUCGGCUAUUUAAAAUGUUAUUCCCCCAAAAAAAUCUUCUGCCAAAACAUCACAUCAUGAUACAUUACCCACAAUGUAUAAGGAAAAUUGGUCCAAUUUUGCACACAUGGUGUAUGCGUUAUGAAGCUAAGCACAAAUUCUUUAAAACACAAUUAAAAAGUUUCAAAAACAUCACCAAAACACUAGCCAAAAAGCACCAGAGUUGUAUGGCAAUGUAUUGGGAGUCUUUUAGCCAGUACAGACUGACUCUUGGCCCAGGAAAGAUGGUGGAACUCAGGGAAAUUAGAGGUGGCCCAGAGAUUGCUUCAAAAUUAGGUGUGGUAAUAUCUGAAAUAGUCUAUGCUGUAAAGUGGAUCAAACAUCAUGGCACAGAGUAUCGUCCUGACUUUAUUAUCUGCACAGAAGUAGCAAAUGAGAUGCCAGUGUUUUGUAAGAUCAUGACUCUAGCUGUCAAAAAUGAAAAUGUACUGUUAUGUGGCACACUAAUGGAAACUGUAUGUUUUGAUGAGCAUUACUAUGCUUUUACAGUCAGACUGCAUCCAGAAAAAGUUUUAACAGUUGUCAAUGUUAAUGAGCUGUGUUAUUUCAAACCAUUUGAUCUUCAAAGAAAAUAUGGUACAACUGAUUCUGUACUUCAUAUUGUACCAUAUUGCCAUUUUAUGCAGACUUGAAAUUUUUGCACUGUAUUUUUGUAAGCCUGAAUGUUUUAAUAAAAGUUUUAACUGA